AGUCAAGACAGGGCCGGACGGGGCAAUGGGAAAACGAAGUAAUUAGUUAUUGGAAUACGAUUUGAAAUUUGUAAGGCACGUGCUAGUACUACCAGGUAGUACUAGUAGUAGUAUUUUCCUCGCACGAUAUAGCGGAUAUAGCGGAUGAGGACGGUGAAGCGACCAGGGCAAUAGAGAAAGGCAACGCAUUGCCAAGUUUGUUUCAUUUUCCGAUAGAAAACGUGCGAAAGCGGCACAACUCAAUCGUUUCUUAGUUGCAGGUUAUACGAGGCCGGAGAGAGCGAGAGAACGAGAGAACGAGAGGGGGAGAGCGAGAGAGCGGGCGAGAGAGAGAGAGAGAGAGGGAAGUAGAGAGCGAGAGAUCGAGUGUUCCGCAGCGGGUGUAAACAUGGCAGUGUCCAGACACAUGGACGAUGCGGAGCUGAUCGAGCUUGACCCUGUGAUCGGCGAGCCGCGUAGUCCGCCGCCAUCCGCUAUUCCGCACGCUGACAGUGCACUCGCCGGCGACGUGCGCGAGCGGCCGACUCACACGAGUCCUAGUCGACUCGGUAUCGGUGCGAUGACGCGGCUGAGCUCUCGCUCUACAGUGCUACCCCAGCUGGAGGACGAAACGAGGUCAAGUGCGCUACAGCCAGUGGCGGUACGGGAUCAUGCUGAAAGCCGGUGGCAGCACACAGGCAAUAGAACGACCACCACCAGCAGCAGCACCAGCUGCGGCAGGGUGCCGAGGACCCAGACCCAGACCACACUGCAGAUGGCUGUGGAGGGCUUGGAGUUCGGCGACGGGAAGGCGGCGCGACGGAAAUCGCAACCACUACUGCGCAAGACAAUUUCCACGAGUACGGUACAGGACAAGAAGUCUUUGAAAUCUGGCAAAAUGAGCAUCCGUUCCACACUCGGUGAUCGUGUCAACCUGAGCUGGCACCAUCUCACCGUGACGCUGCCAAAGAACGAGAAAGAAAAGCGCCACGAGCCAAAGGUCAUCCUCAACGACUUAAGUGGACGCAUUCAAGCCGGACAGCUCAUGGCCCUGAUGGGUGCAAGUGGAGCAGGCAAGACGACUUUCUUGAACUUGAUCUCGGGCCGCAUGUCCAGUGUGCUGCAAGUGCACGGUACUCUUGCAAUCAACGGCCACUCUGUUGUGUCCCGUGACGUACGCCGGGCAGCUGCCUACGUACAGCAACAAGACGUGUUUCUGCCAAACCUCACUGUCUACGAGCACCUACGUGUACAGGCUAUGCUCCGUAUGGAUAACUACACCUCGGUGGAAGAUCGUGAAGAGCAGGUGAACAAAGUGAUGCUGGAGCUUGGUCUGAUGAAAGUGCGUGACACACGUAUCGGCAGUCCUAUCAAGGGUGGCCGAGGUCUGUCCGGCGGGGAGGCAAAGCGACUAGCUUUCGCGUCCGAGAUUCUCACUGAUCCACCUUUGCUGUUUGCCGACGAGCCUACAUCUGGCCUGGACAGUUUUGCCGCUCUCACGGUUGUCCGUACUCUAAGACAGCUAGUGACAGCGGUCGCACUAUCAUCUGCACCAUUUCAUCAGCCACCAUCUGAAGUCUUCCAGCGCUUUCAGCAGCUACUCCUGAUUGCCGAAGGACGCACAGCGUACAUGGGGCCAAUAGCGGAUGGCCCGGAGACUUUCGCACGUUUGGGUUAUCCAUGUCCAGAGAACUACAACCAUGCUGAUUUCUACAUUCACACUCUCUCCAUCAUACCGGGCAAGGAAGACGAAUGUCGUGCUAGAGUCAACGAAAUCACGGAUGACUAUCACGAGAGAGCAGCAGCUUCUGGAUCACUUCCCGACCCUGAGCCGGUAUCCUCCAGGAUGACCAGCAUGCUGAAAACAAUGAGUCGUAACCGCGUCAAGCCUCUUGUCACGCAGUUUCGGUACCUGCUCCAGCGCAGCUUUCUGACGUCGAUCCGAGAGUUCCAAGUGGUCGGUGUUCAGUUGAUGCAGACACUG